ACGCUGUCGGCAGCGCGGAGCGGAGCGGCUCGGGAUGGGGUGCGCUGCUCUGCUGUGGGGCUGGCUCCUGCUUAUCUGCAACUGGGGCCUGGGACCCCCCGGGGUCGGUGCCGCUGCGCUUUCGGCGGCCACCUACGUGCUGGACGAUCUCGGCGGGCUGGGCAGGGAGUUCGACGGGAUCGGGGCUAUCAGCGGCGGCGGGGCCACAUCUAGACUCCUGGUGAACUACCAAGAACCCUAUCGCUCCCAGAUUUUAGAUUAUCUGUUCAAGCCAAAUUUUGGUGCUUCCUUACAUAUCCUCAAAGUAGAGAUUGGAGGUGAUGGUCAGUCAACAGAUGGCACUGAACCCUCCCAUAUGCACUAUGAAAAUGAUGAGAACUACUUCCGGGGCUAUGAAUGGUGGCUGAUGAAAGAAGCUAAAAAGAGGAAUCCAAACAUUAAACUGAUUGGAUUACCUUGGACAUUUCCAGGGUGGAUAGGGAGGGGUGAAAACUGGCCCUAUGACUAUCCAGAUGUCACUGCUUACUAUGUUGUUUCUUGGAUAUUAGGAGCUAAACAGUAUCAUGAUUUGGACAUUGAUUAUAUCGGGAUAUGGAAUGAAAGGGCAUUUAGUAGCAAAUAUAUUAAGCUGUUGAGAUACACAUUGGAUAAGCACGGUCUGCAGCAGGUGAGGAUCAUAGCCAGCGAUAGACUGUGGGAGCCCAUUUCCUUUGUCUUGCUGCUUGACUCUGAGCUCCACGGAGUGGUCGAUGUCAUUGGGGCUCACUAUCCUGGAACAAAAACGGUGCCAAAUGCCUUGCUGACUAAGAAGAAACUGUGGUCUUCAGAAGAUUACAGUACAUUCAAUGAUGAAGUAGGUGCAGGCUGCUGGGCUCGGAUCCUGAACCAGAACUACGUGAAUGGAAACAUGACCUCAACCAUUGCAUGGAACUUGGUAGCCAGUUACUAUGAGGAGUUGCCCUUUGGUCGCUGUGGAUUAAUGACAGCACAAGAGCCGUGGAGCGGCCACUACAAAGUAGAAGCUCCUAUCUGGAUUACAGCACACACGACGCAAUUUACUCAGCCAGGCUGGUCAUACUUGCAAGUGGAUGGACACUUAGAAGGAGGUGGGAGUUUUGUGGCUCUGACAGAUGGCCGAGGAAACCUUACCAUCAUCAUUGAAACUAUGACUCAUAAUCACUCUCAAUGUAUCAGGCCUCCACUGCCUCAUUUCAGUGUGAAACCUCAGAGAGCAACUUUCUACCUCAAAGGGUCAUUUUAUAUGGUGGAGGCCCUUCAAGUGUGGCAUUCUAGACUUGGGUUUGAAUCCGGGAACUCCAGUCUUUUCCAGCAACUCCAUCCUGUUAAGGUGUGGAAGGGAAGUUUUUCUUUAGAUCUAGACAUAGACGAAGUCUACACUUUAACCACACUCAAGACAGGACAGAAAUGUUGUUGCCCAGAGCCUCCACCAUCUCAGCCCUUUCCUUCAAAUUACAAAGAUGAUUUCAAUAUUCGUAAUCCUCCUUUCAGUGAAGCCCCGAAUUUUGCGGAUCAGACAGGUGUAUUUGAAUACUUCGUAAAUGCUUCUGACCCAGGAGAUCAUGUGUUCACACUCCGCCAGGUGGUGGUUCAGCGACCCAUCACUUGGGUUUCUGAUGCAGACCAGACCAUUAGCCUCAUAGGAAAUUUUAAGUGGGUAAACAUGACAGUCACUUGUGACAUCUUCAUAGAAAAACAACGUGAUGGGGGCGUGUUUAUUGCAGGAAGAGUGGACAAUGGUGGGAUAUAUGUUCGACGGACCAAAGGAGUUUUCUUCUGGGUUUUUGCAGAUGGCACCUAUAGAGUCACUGGUGACUUGGCUGGAGAAGAAAUAUUAAUGAAAGGCCUUUCUGGUGUGCGGGAUAACGCGUGGCACACGCUGACUCUGAACAUCCAGGGCACUUCUGCCUCAGGACUGUUAAAUGGUUAUCCGCUCUGGGAGAAUGUCACCAUUUCCAAACCAAGUAACGGCUGGGCUGCUAUUGGAACUCGCUCCUUUGAGUUUGCACAGUUUGACAACUUUCAUAUCGAAGCCAGCUGAGGUAGCUUUUGCAUUUGAAGAACCCAAUUCUUGGUAUUACUUUGAAUAAGAGCCAGUUCAAACUUUGAGGGCAACUUAACACUAUGCUAAGAUUGAUUUGUUGUCAAGAAAUCUGAAUUCUCUCCUUAUUACUUGUUAGAGGUUUACUUGAAUAGGUAUCAACAUGUCUGUAACUUUAUCCCCUGGUUGAUAUGGGAUUUUUGCCCUUCGAUUUUUGGGGGUAAAUUUUAGUUCAAGGUAACGAUGAUGAUAAAAUCUUGGAUUUAAAUGUCUUUUAAUUUCAACAUCUUAACUUCUCAGAUCACACUUAAGAUAACUUCAGAAGUUAGCAGAAGACAGAGGCAUCUCAAGGUGCACUUUCAACACUUACAUGGUUGUGUCCAUUCCUUUCACUCUGAAAGCAUUAAAUGCCAGUAAGUCUUAUGAGCCAGUGGCCCCAUACUUUUGUAGGUCUGUCGUUCUCAAAUGUAGUAUUUUUUUUUUUUUUUCGCUAUAGAAAAACUAUUUUGUCUGCUACAGUCUGAGGCUAGACAUUAUGGUACUCCAAGUGCAUUUGAUUACUUCUUCCAACUUUCAUUGCCAGCCUUAAAAUAGAUCAUAUUUUCAGUGGAACAGAAGCGUGCCUUAUGGCAGAUCAGGCAGUGCCUUACUUCUAAGCUACCUCCUCUUUGCAAUGAAAAGGUUGAAAUGGAUGAAGAGACACUGUAACUUGCUGUAUGGUAGUGGUAACCUUGUGGGGUUUUUUGAAUGGCGCAAAGAGUAAAAGCUUUGCAUCAUUGAUGCUGACAAGCCAAGUGCUUACUUCUCUUUCAGGUCAUGUCUUAAAACUGGCCUUUUGUUCCUAGAAAUUUGGGCAACCAUCUCUCACUUUUUAUCUAAAUCUCAGAGAAGAAAAUAAAGCAUAGCAGUCUUGUUGAGCUUAUUAUAUUACUGUAGCACAGAGGAGAUUUGAAUACUGUCACAUCCUGCCAUAAAACAGAAAACGAAAUAGUUGUUACCCUUAAGAGCUUGCAAUCUGUUUGUAAAGUGAGUGGCUGCAGGUGGGCACGGGCAGAAUGGCUUAGUGUGCCAGGCCGUGGGACUGACACGAGAGUCUCUGGUUUUAAACUUUUCGUAGGCAUCAUGGAGUAAAGUUCAGAGUUAAUUUCACAUCCUUGGGAAAGGAGAGAUUCUGUUUUGCUGUUGCUUCAUUGUUGUUGUUUUUCCCAAGUUACUAUGCUACAUUAAAAAACACUGAUUUGGAAUACAAAUACAAUGAGAUACCGAAUGGGAUUUUGAUUACACACAUUCCAAAUUCAGUUGGCUUCUGAAUUGACCUUCUUUGCUGUUGCUCAGUUUAAGAUGAUGUCUAUUGCCAUAAUGAGACAUGCUUCCUGUGCCCGUCUGCUUUUUGCAUUCACAUCCUAAUUGACAAGCAAGUAGUUCCAUGGUCUUGAUAGCCUCAGACAGCCAUUAGUGCUGUAUCUGUAGCAGGCAAUAUCUUAUCUUUGAGAAAUAGAUUUGCAGUGUACUUGCGAUUUAUACAGAUUAUUAAUCUGAUCCACUUCAUUUUGAAAGCUGAUUCCAGUUAAGUGUUAACUUCAGUCUUCGAAGUUGUCAUUUAAUAUAGAGUUAAUGUAAUAGAAUCAUUACUUGAAAAAUUUUGUAAAGGUUAUCUUCCAAAUUAGCUUUUGAGAUCUCAAAAUUCUAUCUCUAGUAAGUAGAAAUGUUUACUAUUAUAGCAAUUAUCCUGAUACUGCUAUUAAUUGGUUACGAAUCAUUCAUACAUGCAAGUUUCAUACGUGCUGGUAACCUUGAAAAAUGGUCCAAACCGCUUAACACUCUUGUAGAAGGCUUCCAAAUAUUAAGUAACUAUUUACUUAAGCAGGUGAAAAAUGAAAGCUAGUUUUCCACUUAAGUUUCAUUUGACGGUUGAAGUGUGGAUGCAAAUCUGUUCAUGACUCACUUGAUUUCAGAAUGGAUGUCACUGGUAACUCCAGAUGUGAAGGAAUCUAAUUUUAGGUCCUCGUAUUCAAGUAAUAUGAGUAUAGAAGAAGUAGUUCUCAGAAUAAACUUAUUUUAGCUGUGAUGGAUUUUCCUGUUAGGAUACUUCUUGGAGACUUCCUGGUAGCUUGUGUGGCUGCAAGCAGUGGUGGUGUAAGAGGGAGAUAGCAAUGAUGCAGUUAUUCCAAAGGAGAUGUCCAGUUUUUUACCUUUUAAUGCACUAAUGUAAUAAACUGUUAUAUUGUGUACUUUAUCACUGGAACCGUUGAUUUUUUUUUUUCUAAUCUUAAUUUAUAAUGUUAGAGGAUUAAACUGUUAUGAACAGAGUAAAUGAUUUAAUGGUGAUAUAAAGCUAUUCAUCUUUAUAUGUCUGUAAUUCUUCACCCUUCAGCAGGCUGUAAUAUGUUUGGCAAUAACAAGCUGUCAGGUCUUUCAUUGAGGGGUGGAUUUAUAUUGUUGAUUAUAAAUACUAAUCAUUCCAAAAGGACAAAUAAAACACUUAAAACCCC